GAGUGCGCGCCCUAGCGUGCUGGGUGGGGGCUCCCUGAGCCGGAGCCUUGGUGGCCCCACUCUGGGGACUCCAGCUGGGGAGCGGGGCUUCAGGAGCAGACCCGCAGGGCUGCUGGGUGUUUUUCCGGAUCCAAAGUCCCUUUGCUGCUGCUCCCAGCUGUGCUUCCCAGGCCAGAUGGGGGGGGGCUGGCCCUCCCCGGGCUGCUGCCCCAUCGUCUCCGGCUCUGGAUGCUGGCUGCAGACUGCUGGCCGACGCCCCUCCCAGUGGGUCCCUCCUCCCACUCUUGCCGCCGGCCCCUCCCCUCCUGUGCCCUGUGCCUCGGCAGCCUCUCUCCCUCCUGGCCAAGCCUGGCCCUGCCUGCUGCUCGGGACCGGGGCCGUGCUGGGCGCUGCUUCCCUCCUGGCCACUGGCCCCAAUCCCUUGCCCUUCACCCCAGCCCUGCCGGACUCUGCGCCCAUGAGGGUCUUGGCCUGUCUCCUCGCAGCACUGGUGGGGAUCCAGGCCGUUGACCGGCUGCGCCUGGCCGAUGGCCCCCACGGCUGUGCCGGCCGCCUGGAGGUCUGGUAUGGCAGCCGCUGGGGCACCGUGUGUGACGACGGAUGGGACCUGCAGGAUGCCGCGGUGGCCUGCCGGGAGCUGGGCUGCGGAGGGGCGCUGGCCGCCCCCGGGGGCGCCUUCUUUGGGGAGGGCACAGGGCCCGUGUGGCUCAGUGAGCUGGCCUGCCAGGGCCUCGAGGAGCGGCUGGGCCUCUGUCCCCACCGGGGCUGGAAGGCCCACAUCUGCUCGCACGAGGAGGACGCGGGCGUGGUCUGCACAGGCCAGCGUGCGGCAGACUCUCAGCAUGACUCAACCUCCCCGCUGGAUGGGGAGCCCAGGCCUGGCUCCGAGGAGCCCCCUGUGACUCACGCCCCCCGCCCAGCUGGAAGCCCCCAGAACGGCCCCCGGAAGAAAAGCCCCCGGCCACCCAAGCAGGCCAAGUCCACCAGAGCCCCUUUGCUGACCACCGGGGCCCCCCGCCAAGACCGGCUGCGCCUGGUCUCGGGCCCCCACAGCUGUGCCGGCCGCCUGGAGGUCUGGCACGGCGGGCGCUGGGGGUCCGUGUGUGACGACGGAUGGGACCUGCAGGACGCCGCGGUGGCCUGCCGGGAGCUGGGCUGCGGAGGGGCGCUGGCCGCCCCCGGGGGCGCCAGAUUCGGGCCUGGCUCGGGGCCCGUGUGGAUGGACGACGUGGGCUGUGCAGGAGCAGAGCAGGCCCUCCGGGACUGUCCCCGAAGCCCCUGGGGCCGGAGCAACUGUGACCACAGGGAGGACGCCGGGCUGGUGUGCACGGGGCCUGCCCCGAGGCUGCGCCUGGCCGAUGGCCCCCAUGGCUGUGCCGGCCGCCUGGAGGUCUGGCACGGCGGGCGCUGGGGGUCCGUGUGUGACGACGCCUGGGACCUGCAGGACGCCGCGGUGGCCUGCCGGGAGCUGGGCUGCGGAGGGGCGCUGGCCGCUCCGGGGGCCGCCUUCUUUGGGGAGGGGUCCGGCCCCAUCGUCCUGGAUGAUCUUCGGUGUCGGGGAAACGAGACGGCCUUGCGGUUCUGCCCCGCGCGGCCCUGGGGCCAGCACGACUGUCACCACCGGGAGGACGCUGGGGCUGUGUGUGACGGCAUGCCUCUCGGCUACGCAACCCCCACCCGCCCUGUGGUGGACAGCAACAGCUCAGGGCCCGGGACGUCCGCGCCCGGGGCGUGGACACUGGGACCCCUGUCCAGCACAGUGAGCCAGGCUCCCAGGAUGCCAGGCAGCUUGCCUCCUGCAGCCUCUCCGACUGCCCCUCAGGAGCCUGGGCCAGAUGCAGGGUCUCCUCAGCUGCGCCUGGUGGCCGGGCCCAGCAGGUGCUCAGGCCGGCUGGAGGUCUGGCAUGACGGGCGCUGGGGGACAGUGUGUGAUGACAGCUGGGACCUGCGGGACUCAGCCGUGGUCUGCCGGGAGCUGGGCUGCAGGGGGCCUCGGCAGCCAGAUCCCGCUGUGGGCCGCUUCGGCUGGGGUGCGGGUCCCAUUUGGCUGGAUGAUGUGGGCUGUGUGGGGACCGAGGCUUCGCUGUCUGACUGCCCUGCUGCUCCCUGGGGGAAGCACAACUGCGCUCACAAUGAGGAUGUCGGGGUCAUGUGUACUGGGACCCCUGGCUUGGACACCAUCUCAGACCCCUUCAGCUGGAGCUGGCUCCCUGGGCUGGGUAGAGAUCGGGAUGCUUGGCUCCCAGGAGAACUGGCCACCAAGCCCUCUGCAAGUCUGACCUCCAUUGUUCCCGAGAAAACAACCACUAAGGCUCCACGGAAAACCCCCAAGAGUACUAAGAAGUGGGUGACCAAACAUGCAAAGAGACCAACUGCUCAGCCCCCCAGGAUGCCAACUACUAAACACUCCAGGGGCCUGGGGACCCAGAGCCCCCCAGAACUAACCUCACAGACCACAACCCUGACUACUGAGGCCUCCUCAAAGCAAACCUCUGAGUUAUUAAAAAGGCUGCUCACAGAGGCUCCCCACAGAUGGACCUCACACACCACCUCCAAGCCAACUCCUCAGGCCCCCUGGACAUGGCCCUCAGGGACCAUGACAACGCUGUCCCCUCAAGGCCCUCAAGAAAUGACCUCUGAGACCACCAUCGAGAAAAUCCGUCAGGCUUCCCUGGAGCCAUCUGCUGAGACCCCAGCCUUCUCCCCCACGGCCAGCAUCCCUGGGGAACCAGGCCCCUUCCGGGUUCGUCUGGCCGACGGACCCAACAGGUGUGCUGGCCGGCUAGAAGUGUGGCAUGCCGGACGCUGGGGGACGGUCUGUGACGACAGCUGGGACCUGCGGGAUGCCACUGUGGUCUGCUGGGAACUGGGUUGUGGAAAGGUCCGGCCCCGAGUGGGCAAAACCCACUACGGCCCUGGGACCGGGCCCAUCUGGUUGGAUGACAUGGGCUGUAAGGGAAGUGAGACCUCGCUGAGCGACUGCCCCUCAGGGGGCUGGGGGAAGCACAACUGUGACCAUGAGGAAGACGUGGGGUUUACCUGCACUGGCUACACAGAUGAUGAUGAUUAUCCCCCCUGGACCUGGGACCCCACUUCAGGAGAAGACCUGGCCAAAGGGGCCACCAUGGCACCAGGGCCUGGACGUGCGCUUCCAUGGAGCAGCACCAGGCACCCAGCGAUCUCCUCCCCAGCAACACGGCUCCUUUCGGUCACAGGUGACCAGGAGGGGUACAAGCCUUCCGGGACAUGGGACACGCCUUGGGGCAGGGGCUCAGCCAAACGGACGCCCACCACAGCACCCACGCUUUCCAGUGGCACCUCCAGGCCCCCAGGACAUCCCUCUCUGGCUCCCAGGGCCCACGGGGACACAGGUUCCCCACAGAGGGCCGGGCCCGAGCGUCGCCUGCUGCGCCCCACUGCAGCCCGGGCGGCACCCCAGACGCGGCCCCCGGCCCCCUCUGCCUUGCCGGGGCCCCGGGGCCUGCAGCCCACCUCUGGCCCGGCCUCUGUCCUCCCCGGCACCUCAGUGGCCGGCCCGGACCUGCCCUCCUCGACCACGCCCGACCUCUCCCCGGCACCGACCCCUCCGCCCACUGCGCCCCGGGAGCUGACGUCUGACCCCUCCGUACCGCCAGAGGGGACCCCAGGGCCAAACACAGCCCCAUACUGGGGGACAGCCGUAGGGACUUCCGGGUCCCCAGAGCCCUCCACAAGCCCGCACCCCACUGCCACCACAUACUCCCCCACCACCCCAUACCCCACUAUAACCCCGAACCCCACCACAACCGCAAACCCCACCACCAGCCCACACUACACCACAACCCUGCAACCCAUGGCAACCCCGCUCCCUGCUUCAACCCUUCCCACCACCACAAUCCCUCUCCCCGCCACGACCCCCCACCCCACAGCGACUCCCCAUCCUGCCACCACCACUCGCCCGGCCAGGACGGCCGACCCCUCCUCCACCCCUAUGGUCACUACCAAGUCUCUUCCAACCUCCCUGGGGCCAGAAUCACCCUCUUCCACUACAGUGCCAAGGGCUACAUCCAGCCUGGGUCCCCAGGUGACCUUCGAGGGGACCCCUCACACCCCCACAUCUCAGAUGCAGAGCCCAGUGCCCUCUCCAGCCUCAGAGGCCAGCCCCUCCAGGGCCCCUCUAACCUCAAGCAGGGGCCCACUGUCCACUGAGGACUUCAGGCCACCCAGGAGCCAGAACCCCACACUAACCCCAGGCCCAGCCUCCGAGCCCAUUCUGCCCUCCGAUCCCCACUCCGAUCAACUCCCCCAUGACCACCCCCCUCUAGGGCCAACCCCUGGUCAGACCCUGGGCCCCCUUGGCCCGUGUGCCUGCCCAGCAGCCCCUGUGAGGGUCAGGGCUUGUGAGCCGCCUGCCUUGGUGGAGCUGGUGGCUGCUGUGAGGGACGUUGGUGGCCAGCUGCAGAGGCUGGCCACGGUCCUGGAACAAGACUGGCAGGAGCGCCAAGCCCUCGGGCUAGGGCUGGCCCAGUUGGGCCUGGGGCAGCUGGGUGAGACAGUAAGGAGACUGGCAGAGGUGGCCUGGGCCCCCAGCACUCCUGUGUCCACUUCCACCACCCCCGAGGAAGAGGAGAGGCCUCUGAGGGGAGAUGUAUGACCUUCUCCAAGAUGUGGGGCGCUUAAAAUACUCUCAGACAAACCAAAGAAAAUCACAGUAUCCAACUAAAAACAAGGUGUAGAUGACAUUUCUGGGGGGCAGGAGAAACCUCAGAGAUGCAAUGGCAAGAUUGAUUUGGAUUGGAGAAUACCACAGGUGCCAGGCAAGGUGGUGGGGAGAA